CUGCAGGAGUGCAGCGGCAUGCUCGGCGACCUCGGCACGUUGCUGCCGCUCGUGCUGGCCAUGGCCGAAAGAGGCAGCAUCGCGCCGGGCGCGGCGCUGUUCUGGAUGGGCGCGGGCAACGUCGCGAGCGCCUACGCCUGGGACGUGCCCAUGCCCGUGCAGCCCAUGAAGACCGUCGCCGCGGCGGCGAUCGCCGACGGAUUGUCGGCGGGCGCGGUGUCCGCCGCGGGCAUCUUCGUCGGCGCCGCGGUGCUGCUCCUGGGCGCGACGGGCACGAUCGAGGCCGUGAAUCGGCUCGUGCCGCGGAGCGUCGUCUCGGGCAUCCAGCUGGGCCUCGGGUUCCGCAUGAUGGGCCUCGCGCUGCGGAUGAUCGCCGGGCCGGGCUGGGCCGCCGUGGACGGCCCCGUCGCCGGCGGGCUGCUGAGCCUCGCGGCGGCGGGCGCUCUGAAGCGCGGCGGCCGCGUGCCCGUCGCCGUGCUCCUCGUGGCCGCGGGUCUGGUGUUGGCGGUCGCGGACGCGGGCGCGCGGGGCACGUUGGGCGCGUCGUUGGACGACUGGCGGCCGGGCCGCCUCGCGGUGGCGUUUCGCGCGCCGACGCGCGCCGAGUGGGCGCGGGGCGUGCUCCGCGCGGGGCUGCCCCAGCUGCCGUUGACGACGCUCAAUUCGGUCAUCUCCGUGACGGCGCUGAGCGAGAAGCUGUUCCCGGACAAGCGAAAAGACGAGGCGCCGACGCGCAAAUCCGUCGCGACGUCCGUCGGCCUGAUGAACGUUUUCUGCUGCUGGUUCGGCGGCGCGCCGGCGUGCCACGGCGCCGGAGGUCUCGCGGGGCAGUACAAGUUCGGCGCGCGCGGCGGCGCGUCCAUCUGGGUCCUCGGCUGGCUCAAGAUGGCCACCGCGCUGGUUUUGGGG